CGGAGGCGAGCACGCGGGGCUCCGGGCGCGCGCAGCCCUGCUCUCCCAAGUUGUCUCCCUCAGCCGCGGUCGCCGUAGCUCUCGACGCGGUCGUCCCCGCCGCCGAGCCGCGGGCGCCGCCGCAGGGAGGGAGCGGCGCUGCGGCCGCCGCUGUCCGAGGACGCCCCGUAUUCCGGGGCCCGGCACGGUGGCUGCCGGCUCGCCGAGCGCAGCCCGCCUGGGAGGAAGGCGGCGGCUCGCGUCCAGCGGGCCGCCGGAGCCGGGAGGAGACCAUGUCCGUGAGGCGCCCUCAGUUCUCCACGACCGAGCGCGUCAUCAAAGCUGUCCCCUUUCCUCCAACCCGACGGCUAACUUUGAAGGAAGUAUUUGAGAAUGGGAAACCUAAAAUGGAUGUUUUGAAGAACCAUUUGGUAAAAGAAGGCCGGGUGGAAGAGGAGGUAGCCUUAAAGAUAAUCAACGAUGGGGCUGCCAUCCUGAAGCAGGAGAAGACGAUGAUAGAGGUGGAGGCUCCAAUCACAGUGUGUGGUGAUAUUCAUGGACAGUUCUUUGACCUGAUGAAGUUGUUUGAAGUUGGAGGACCACCUAGUAAUACUCGUUACCUCUUCCUGGGUGACUAUGUGGACAGAGGCUAUUUCAGCAUAGAGUGUGUGCUGUAUCUAUGGAGCUUAAAGAUUAACUAUCCUAAAACAUUGUUUCUGCUUCGAGGAAAUCAUGAAUGCAGGCAUCUUACAGAGUACUUCACCUUCAAACUGGAAUGUCGGAUCAAGUAUUCAGAGAUGGUGUACGAUGCGUGCAUGCACACUUUCGACUGUCUUCCUCUUGCUGCCCUCUUAAACCAACAGUUUCUCUGUGUACAUGGAGGAAUGUCUCCUGAAAUUACUUGUUUAGAGGACAUUAGGAAAUUAGAUAGGUUUACUGAACCUCCUGCUUUUGGGCCAGUGUGUGACCUGCUUUGGUCUGACCCCUUAGAGGACUAUGGCAGUGAGAAGACCCUGGAGCACUACACCCACAACACUGUGCGAGGCUGCUCCUACUUCUUCAGUUACCCUGCAGUUUGUGAAUUUUUACAGAACAACAGUUUAUUAUCAAUUAUCAGAGCCCAUGAAGCCCAGGAUGCUGGGUACCGAAUGUAUAGGAAGAACCAAGCAACCGGCUUUCCAUCACUUAUUACGAUUUUCUCUGCUCCUAAUUACCUAGAUGUCUAUAACAAUAAAGCUGCAGUGUUGAAAUAUGAAAACAAUGUCAUGAACAUCAGGCAGUUCAACUGUUCUCCACACCCCUACUGGCUCCCAAACUUCAUGGAUGUUUUCACGUGGUCUUUGCCUUUUGUUGGAGAAAAAGUGACAGAGAUGCUGGUCAAUAUUCUCAACAUAUGCUCGGAUGAUGAAAUGUCCUUAGCCGAUGAAGAAGGAGUCACUUCAGCUCGAAAAGAAGUCAUCAAGAAUAAAGUCCGAGCCAUUGGGAAAAUGGCCCGGGUCUUUACAGUUCUUCGGGAAGAGAGUGAGAAUGUGCUGACCCUCAAGGGCCUCACUCCCACAGGCACACUCCCAUUGGGGGUCCUCUCUGGAGGAAAGCAGACCAUUGAGACUGCCAAAGAAAAAGCAACAGAGGAUCGGGAAGCCAUCAGAGGUUUUACAAUUGCACACAAGAUCCGAAGUUUUGAAGAAGCCCGAGGUCUAGAUCGAAUUAAUGAGAGGAUGCCACCCCGAAAAGAGUCCUCAUAUCAUCAUGAUUCAGGGAAGAUGCACUCGCGCCCGCAUUCAGCGCACCAAUCAAAAAGGACCGAACACGGAAAGAAAGCCUUGUAAUGACUCAGGGCCCUGUGCAGCACAGAUGGGUCCCAACCCUAUGAGCAAAUCAUAUUUAUUUAUAUUGGAAAUGAAACAGGAACAACUCAAACAACUUAAACUUGGAGGUGCAUUUGUAAAUCAGUCCCAUUUAUUCUGUAAGAAAGGUGACCAUUUUAUAAAUUCUUCUAAUUUAUGUUCAAUAUAUAUAUAUAUAUAUAUAUAAAUAUUUUUGUUUUGUUUCCCUCCCCUUGUCCUAAUUUUAGGAAUGGAUCUGAUUGGUGUGUGUGUGUGUGUGUGUGUGUGUGUGUGUUGAAAUCUUAUGCUUUAAAGGGGACCUUCCCCUAAUAUAAAGGGCCUUGGAAACCUUCACCCUGGAUUUCUGACUCAUACUCUCAUACUCCUAGUUAGCCCUCCUCUUCUUUUGGGAGGUGACUUUUUUCAUUUAAGACUUAACUCAAAAAUGUCUUUUCAAUUUUCCCCCUUUCUGCUUAGUACCAAUUUCAAUGGCUAAAACUACUUCUCUUCUCAGGGAAACUUGAACUUCCAAGAAAACAACCUAAAUCUAGUGAUCCAGAUCCAGGUGGAACUGCUUCCAUAAUAAUAUACUUCCUUUUGGACUCUAAGUUCUGUGAUUGUAGAGUGUGUGUAUGUUUGUGAUACAUAAGAUUGAACCCAUACCUUACACAUGUUAUGUAAGCCCUCUACUCUCCAGCUAUACCUCCACUCCUGAGUUCAAUUUCAUGUAUUCUAAUAAAGUUCCUUUCAAAAAGUAAUAAUGAGGGUGGGCUAGUGAGGUGGCUUAGCCUGUUACUUAAGUUUGAUCCCCAGGAAGACGAAAACCAAUCCACAAAAGUUGUCCUCUGACCUUCACACAGCAUUGUGGAACAUAAAUAAACACAUAGAUGCAAUAAACAUUUUUAAAUAAUAAUAAUAAUACUGAGAGGUUUUCUUAGAGUUGCUUAAAGGCCACUCAGAAGUUUAAGGGGGAUUUCCAAAGUUUCAGCUGUUGCCAGAUUCUUUGCUCUCAGUUUCUAAUCCCAGAUGAACCCAUCUGCAAAGGACCUCAGACUUGAGACCACCUCUGGAAUGCCCUCACGACAUGAGCGAGCACUGAGCCCGGUCCUUAUCCCUCUGUGUCAGCACAUCAGGCACUGCAGCUGUUUUCCCAGCAUUCUUCUGUUUCACUGUCAAUAUGUCUGAAAAUAAUUCUUAGAUGGAAGAAUGGGCUCCUUGUACACUGAAGCUUGCUAAGGGAUCAGAUGAGUGAAGGCUUCUGCUCCUAGAAUUAAUCAGGAAUCUAAUUCCUAGUCCUUCACGUGUCAGUGGUCAUUGGGCUGAACUCUGGAGCCUUGAUUAGCAUAGUUUGGAACCCAAAAUUAAAGAUUCAUAUUUAAUUGCCCCUUAAUUGUUUUUUUCUAUAAGAGUUUGAUUUUAUAGCUCUCUGGAAUUCUCUCUAUAGACCAGGCUGGCCUUGAACUCACAGAGUUCCAACUAUCUGCCUUGUGAGUACCCGGAUUAAAAGAAUGCUCCACCA